UGUAGCUAUCUUCAAUAUUUCUCUUCUUAUCUUUGUGCUGCCCUCAGGAUUUUCAAUUCCAUGGCUGAUCGUGCUUUCAGAACCAAAGGGACACAAGUGACCACCUUCAAUAUAAUCUAUUUCCAAGUAUGUAACAUGGCAAUAGAAACCAAUCCUCUUCAUGCCCUUGUUGCUUUCAUCUUCUUUGUACUCCUAGGUUUUCUCCAAAUUAAAUAUCCGGAAAAUCCCACCCCAUUUCAACUUCAUCCCAAGACCAUUUGGCUUUCCAUUGCUAGCUUUCUUGCUUAUUGCUUCGCCUUCUUGGCUAGGCUCAAGUUUGCUAUUACUAUAAGUGUUCGUGAUCACUUUGACACCCUCAUGCACGUGUUCGGUUCACUCUCGUUGCUUUCCUUGGUGCUGCUGUUGCUACCUGACACUUGGGAAUCAUUCGGUUUCAUCAUGUACACGUUAUGGUUCAUCACUCAUGUUCUUCCCAUGAUGAUCAGAACCCGUUUCAUGGAAAUAUGGUUGCAACGUCAACAAAUGAGGAGGGUGAUGCAUCCAGUGUUACCAAUGACUAUGAUGGAUUUGAAUUAACUGCUUUCAUCUAUAUAUGGGUCUAGUUGCUCGAGUUUCAAAUGUUGUUUUUCUAUUUCAGCAUCUGUUGUAUUAUUUUUCUUAGUCCAAUUCGGUCGCGUGUCAUGGAACAUCUAAAUACUUCUCGUGUACGUGUGUGUGAAAUAGGGACAAUAAUUUAAAUAAAAUAAUUACUAUCUA